UAUCUUAACUUCUGAAACUGCAAACUAAAACACAUUCACUCUCUGCUCUCUGUGUGGCUCUCUUACUUUUGCUUUCUUUUCCAAAGAUACUGUAUCUUUUUUACUACCAAGAAUCUCUCUAGUAAACUGUUUUGUCUGCAUAAUUGAGGACUUAAAAUGCCUGUUUGAGAGUUAUUUGUUAUGGGUUUUGUCUGAAUGAGCUCUUAUCAAUGCCUGUAUUAGAUAUUGCUACUGCUCAGGCUUCUUUGCAAAAUCAUCUUAGUCCAUUAAGGACUCAGCCCCUUGUUCAGGGUAAGGUUUUGUCAAGUGCAUUUGUAUUUGGGGAUGAGAAGAGAUCAGUGUCCUUGUGGAAGUCUUUCCACUUCCCGAAAAAGUUCAAUGCUUCUCGGAGGAGCUUACUUCAGAUUAAGGCAGUCGCCACGCUUGAACCUAAGUUAGUUCGGAAGGAAGAUGGAAAGAGUAAAGAAAGUGUGCAGCUUGUUGAUAAUUCAAAUGGCUCAGUGGUUCAGGCCGAGUCUCCAAUUGCAGACUCGUCGGAAGUGGAUGAACAUGAGAAGUUAAGGCGGAUGAGGAUUUCUAAAGCAAAUAAAGGAAAUACGCCAUGGAACAAAGGCAGGAAGCACAGUCCUGAAACCAUUCAGCGGAUUAAGGAGAGAACAAGGCUUGCAAUGCAGAAUCCUAAGGUCAAGAUGAAAUUGGCCAGCCUUGGGCACGCUCAGAGUAAAGAGACGAGGACAAAAAUUGGAGUUGGUGUGCGAAUGCAAUGGCGAAAGCGCCAUGAGAAGAAAAUUGUGCAGGAAAAUUGUUUCUUUGAGUGGCAGAACUUGAUUGCAGAAGCUUCAAGAAGUGGCUUAGUUGGUGAGGAAGAGCUACAGUGGGACUCCUACAAGAUACUAAGUAAAAAGCUUGAAGUUGAAUGGGCGGAGAGUGUCGAACAAAGGAAAACAAUGCCUCGGCCAAAAGGUAGCAAGAGAGCUCCGAAAUCCCCCGAGCAAAGAAGAAAAAUUGCAGAAGCAAUUGCUGCUAAAUGGGCUGAUCCUGAAUACCGGCAGCGAGUUUGUUCCGCUUUGUCUAAAUAUCAUGGGGUACCAGUUGGAAAUAAGCCAAGGCGACGGCCUAGUACAGAAUCAAAGAGACAGGACCCGGCGAAGAAAAGAAGUGACGCAAACAAUUUGUCAGGAAGUGGCAAUGCUAGCUCAAUUCAGAAACCAAAGUUGCGAAGAAGUAAGAGACCGUACAAGGAUCCUUUGGCGAGUUCAAAGUUAGAGAUGAUAAAGAACAUAAGAGCUCAAAGAGCUGCCACAGAAACCAAGAAAACUGAAGCCAUUGAUCGAGCAAGGUUAUUAAUUGCUGAAGCUCAAAAAGCUGCUAAGGCCCUUGAGGUUGCUGCAACAACGAGCCCUAUUGCUCAAGCCUCCCUAAUCGAAACCAGAAAGCUUAUAGCUGAAGCAAUUCAUUCGAUUGAAUCCAUAGGUGCUGAGGUUAUGACAUCUAGUAAAGAUACCAUUGAUCCUUCUCUUGCCGCAACUGAACUGGUUGACCAGGUUGAUAAGGAAGGAGAAGUGGGCCAUGGAAAUUCUAGUCAAGCAGAGCCAAAACAAGUCAACGGAAAAGUAAGCAUUGCAUCCCGUAAAGAUGACGACCUCAACUUUGCUAACCUAUCCUUACGAACUAUGCUGAAUGGUGAGAAUGAACUUCUCCCCACGAGAUCAGAAGGAUAUAGUUGGUCAACAAUUGAUUUGGAGAGAGUUAUAGAAAAUUCAAAUUCAGAAAAAGAAGUUGAUCUAGUAGAACCAAAUGGGAGUCUAAAAUCUGAAAGUAAUAUUUCACCUAACGGGUCCAAGGUUCAGCAUUUGAAAGAGGAGCCUCCUUCUGAAUCAGUCAGUAUUACGAAGAAAUGGGUUCGUGGAAGACUUGUUGAAGUGACAGAGGAAUUGUAGUGUAAACUCACCGAAUACUUGGGAUCCAAGUUUCAAUGGUUCUUUUGCAUUGAAGAGCUGAUCAGAAAGUUGGUCGUUUUAGCUGGUCUCUUAGUAUAUCACAUUAUUUGAUGUAUGUAACGUUUAUAGCUGAUUAAAACAAUUUUGGUUAAUACUCAAUACUUGGAUACAACUGAUGCUCGUAUGGGAGCCAUGAAAUCUAUUGGUAGCUUAGUUCUAAA